UCUAUUACUUGGCUGUCUGGAUACUCUCCUUUCAGCUCCCCGUUAUUCUGUUAGCGUCUCGUUCUCAUACAUCGCCGAUUUGGUAAAUCAUUUCCAUUGAAACUCUAUACGGCAAUGAUGACCCGAUGCGGUUUAUUGGUCGCCAUUCUGGCUGCGUCCUCAUUUGCUCACACGGAUAUUCUACAAUCAGAUGUCGCCAUCGGCGGAGGAUCCAAACAGACGUCAUUGACGGUCGUCUGGAACGGGAACGGCUUCGACUUUGUUUACCAAUCGGAACAAGGCCCGCAGCUAGUGGGGGUGCUCGCAUCCGGAUCCAUUCCGUCUGAUUUGCCUCCGCCGGAACCUUGCGACCAAACUGGUUUAUGUUGGUCCUUCGGAAGUAUGGCUUCGCUAUCGCUGACACCAACCCUCGAUGGACAGUGUCAUUUCGUCGAAUGGAAGAGCCAAUUUGACUCCUUAGCGGACUGUUUUGAUAUGGGUCAAUCUCACUGGUACGGCGGAGGCGAGGUUUUCGAUCAGAGCUGGCCCAUUGAUGGAGACACGGCAUUGAUGGGAGACGGUGGUCGGCCUGACGUUCCGUACGUGACGGGUGAUUUCUUUCACAAUGAUUUCGCCGGCGUGCUCGAACCUUACUGGAUCAACACGGAUGGUUUCGGUUUUUACGCCCUGCGUGAGAAUCCGUUGUUUGUCAGCUGGAACAGCUCGGGAGAUCAUCAGCUGUGUCUCAAGUCUCGUUACGAAUUCCCGUACCCGAGGCCGAUUGUCGGUCAAGAACUUGGUCUUCGUUAUUUCGUCUGCUCGACUAGCGAUGUCAAAUCAAUGCACCUCCUCGCUUUGUCACAAGGCUUCUGGUCCAAACCACGUGACACGCCUGACCAACGCGUGUUUGAGCAUCCCAUCUGGUCGACUUGGGCAAGAUACAAGACAUUGGUCAAUGAAGCCCGUGUUCUCUCUUACGCCGCACAGAUCCGCCAGUACGGAUUCAACGACAGCCAACUGGAAAUCGAUGACCGUUGGGAAUCUUGCUAUGGUGAGCACCAGUUUGAUGCGGACAAGUUUCCCGAUCCGGCUGCUAUGGUCAAUCAGCUACACAGUCAAGGCUUCAGAGUUACAUUAUGGAUCCAUCCUUUCAUCAACGUAGAAUGCGCUUCGUUUUCGGAAGCCAGCGCACAUGUUGUGAGCGACGCUAACGGACUUCCGGCAUUGACCAGCUGGUGGCAAGGAAACUUGGCCGGCUACUUUGAUUUCACGCGGCCAAGCUCAGGAGAUUGGUGGUCGGCGCGCAUUUUCAAACUGAAGACGGACUUUGGUUUCGAUGGUUUCAAGAUUGACGCUGGCGAAACCAACUGGUUGCCUAGCGGCUUUGAUUUUUCCAGCCGGUUGCCAACCAACGCCACACCCAACGGUUACUCAACGGCUUACGUGAGGACAAUGGAACGUUUCGGCGGCAUGACGGAAGUGCGAACUGGUUGGGCUGCCCAAGACGUACCCAUUUUCACCCGGAUGCUGGACAAAAGCACGGCAUGGGGCAAAGCUAACGGAUUGGCUACUCUGAUUCCUACCCUCUUGCAAUUCGGCCUUGAAGGUUAUCCUUUUGUUCUGCCAGACAUGAUCGGCGGCAAUGGAUACAAUACAGUCUUGCCGGACAGAGAGCUCUUCAUCCGCUGGAUGCAGGCCAAUGUUUUUAUGCCGACGAUGCAAUUCUCUUACACCCCAUGGGACUACGACCUAGAGGUGAUCGAUAUCGCACUCAAGAUGACGAGUUUGCAUUACCAAUAUUCAGGAUUAAUCGUAACAUUGGCUAGACAAGCCAUGACCAACGGCUACCCUAUCAACCGACCGCUCUGGUGGAUCGAUCCGACUGACCCCGUGGCCCAGACCAUCGAUUCAGAGUAUCUUUUAGGAGACGAUGUGCUGGUAGCGCCAGUGCUGCAAACCGGAGCUGUAACCAAGGAUAUCUACCUACCGAAAGGCGUGUGGCGCGAUGAAGCUGAUCCAUCGCAUCCGGUGUACACCGGACCUAUGUGGCUUUACUCUUAUCCGGCGCCGUUGGAUAUCCUGCCUUACUUCACGCGCGUCAGUCCUCUCGAAUGAUUGAAUAUACAACCAUCUGCUUAACUUGACGACGUUAUGACGU